AUGCACAUAACUUUGAUAGUUGUAUUGAUCUUUUCGCAGGUGGCUGCACUGAACUACAAGGUUAUUAUUCUUGACGAAGUACAUGAAAGAUCAGUGGAGUCUGAUCUUGUACUAGUUUGUGUAAAGCAGUUUUUGUUAAAGAACAAUGACUUAAGGGUGGUUUUGAUGUCUGCUACUGCUGAUAUUUCAAGAUAUAGGGACUACUUUAGGGAUCUUGGUAGAGGCGAACGAGUUGAAGUGCUUGCAAUUCCUAGCUCAAAUCAGCACAUGGUUUUCCAGCGAAGUGUUUCAUAUGUUGACCAGGUAGCUGAAUCUCUUGGGAUAAGUUCUGAAAUAAUGCAUUCAAAAUAUUCUUCUUGUCUUGACCUUUCCAAAGCAGUAAAUGCACAUAAGUUUGGUAGCUGUAUUGAUCUUUUCUCAGGUGGCUGCACUGAACUACAAGGUUAUUAUUCUUGA